AUGCACUCUGCACUCACUGGUACCGAACUCAACCGAACACACGGAACAAGCUCAAGGACAAAAGCGAAGCUCUGGCUGACUGGAAGGAACGCUAUCGUCGCCAAGACACUUUCCAGGGGUCUCCAUCUGUCUUUGACUGACGGUCGCCAAAGUCGGAAGGCAACGAUUGUUGUCGGAACUCGUGAUAUCGGUGAAUCUUUGCUGAACGACGAUUACUUCUCCAACAUGAAUUCACGAGCCAUGCGAAGGAUUGUCAGCGCCCUAACACUGACUGGCAAGCUUAUGCGAGCUUUUGAGAUAGAGUUUUCUUGA